AUGGAUAGGAAUUACUAUGGGGAUGGAUAUAGUCCUCUCCCUACACGUUUUUUUUUUUUUAAUGUUUUUUUAAAAUAUUGCAAAACAUGACAUUACAGAACAUAUAUUAACUAGUACCACUUUUCAUAUACUGUAAAAAUGAAAUGCCAAAUAUUCAUCAUAUAUGAGUAUAUGUCACAUUAACACAUUCCUGAAUGAAAAAGCAUCAUAUGUCAACAUGUGUUUAUUUACUUGUUUUUAUUAUAAAGUCAGACUGAAUGCUUGAUGAACUGGCUAGUUAAUGGUUUAAACAGUGUAUAAGAGGAUUUCUGUUUAUUCCCAUUUCCCUGUCUGCCUGCAGCUCUCUGGAAACAGUGGAAAGGUAUUGGUGGGCUCAGCAUGGUGACGUUGCUUAGGAAGGCAGGGAGGCAGCAGCAGCUCCAUCCAACCUUUAUUCAAAGAGAAAAGCUUCACGUGGAGGAUAUGCAUGUUUUAUAUCAACAUGUAACUUUUCUUCAGUAGUGUUGCAAAAAGAUGGAGCUGCAGAUGGAGAACCAAAGUCAGCCUUUCAACACCAACACUGUGAGGCUGCCUGCUACACCUGAGCUGGGGAUGGGUGUAGAUAACUUUAUUUCUCUUCUGAUAUUUGGACUCAUCUUCCUCCUGGGUGUGCUUGGUAACACCAUGGUGAUCACAGUGCUGGCUCGCAGUAAACCUGGACAACCGAGGAGCACCACCAACAUCUUCAUCCUCAACCUGAGCCUGGCUGAUCUGUCCUACCUGCUCUUCUGCGUGCCCUUCCAGUCCACCAUCUACAUGCUGCCCACAUGGGUGCUGGGAGCUUUCAUAUGCAAGUUCAUCCACUACUUCUUCACCGUGUCCAUGCUGGUGAGCAUCUUCACCCUGUCUGCCAUGUCAGUGGACCGGUACGUGGCCAUCGUGCACGCCAGGAAGUCCUCAUCGAUCCGGGUCUGGAGGCAUGCCAUGCUCGGAGUGGUGCUGAUCUGGAUCCUGUCUCUGGUGAUGGCUGCUCCUGUUGCUCACUACCAGAGCAUCGUGGAGAGGGAGGACAACAACACCUUCUGCUGGGAGGUCUGGCCGGAUCAUCAGAGGAAAGUCUACGUGAUGUGCACUUUUGUUUUGGGAUACCUGCUGCCUCUCACCUUGAUAUCUGUCUGCUAUGCAAAGGUUUUAAACCAUCUGCACAAAAAGCUGAAGAAUGUCUCCAAAAAAUCAGAGCUCUCCAAAAAGAAGACUGCUCAGACUGUCCUGGUGGUGGUCGUGGUCUUCUGUCUGUCUUGGUUGCCUCACCACAUCGUCCACCUAUGGGUGGAGUUCGGCUCUUUCCCGCUGAACCAGGCCUCCUUCGUGUUCAGGAUGGUGGCUCACUGCUUGGCUUACAGCAACUCCUCCGUCAACCCCAUCAUCUACGCUUUCCUGUCGGAGAACUUCAGGAACUCCUACAAGCAGGUGUUCUGGUGCCGGAUGCCCAGCAAGUUUCCCGUGAACGACACCAGGGAGCUCCGCAGCAGGAUGGAGAGGGCGCCGUCCACUAACAUCAGCGUGACCUACAAAGGUCAUGACUCUCAGAUCAGUAAAAUGCUUUGAUGUCGCUGGUAGUGUUGAGAGCAUCUUCUGUGUUCUGUAUAGAGAUACUGGAGUUUUGAGGCCAAUAUAUAUAUUAAUAUAAUUGAGAUUAAAAAAAUACAUUACUAAUAUAUUAUUUAUUUCCUUUCCAUAAUUUAAACAGCUGUGCUUGUGUUGGGCCAAUAUUGACCAGUACGGAGGUCUAUCAGACUCAAUAACAUUACCUGUUAGUAGUGAGUGUCAAUGGGAGGAGGGAAAACUCUCCAGCUGUGUGAGGUACAAUAUGAACUCUAAUUCAGUUAGAAAGAUGUUGGAUAAAAGCUUAGAUUUAUGUUUGCUCAUCCAAAUGUGUCUGUCCAUGAGUGGUAUAUUUCAGAGCCUGGUAGGUAGGUUGGUUUUGUCAUCUAACUCUCAGCAAGAAAGCCAAUAAGCGUAUUUCCAAAAAUGCAAUUAAGACUUUGUAAAAAGGAAACUUGUCAGUGUCCUCGAGUGGACAAAUGAUGUAAUAACGGAGCUGUUAACUACAUUUCUGUAGUGAAAUUUAUUUCUAAUCGCCAGACGAAAACAAAACACAUCGGAUGAUUUUUUUUCAAACGUUACAUUCAAUGCUAACGCUUUUUUAACGUGACUCUUUGUGAGAAUCAGAUAUUGUUUGUUAACAGUGACACCUGUGGCCGUUUAGU